UUAUACUUUAUAAUUGCAGAGAGCGACAAGAGGGUAACUGUGAAACGCGAAACUGGCGGCGAGUUCGGAUUCCGCAUUCAUGGCUCAAGACCCGUGGUGGUUUCCGCGAUCGAGCCAGACACACCCGCGGAGAGUUCCGGUCUCGAGAUUGGCGACAUCAUCAUGUCGGUGAACGGCAGAAACGUUAUAGAGUCCACGCAUUCGGAAGUCGUAAGAAUGGCGCACUCCGGCCCGGACAUUCUGGAAUUAGAAGUCGCAAGAACCUGCAACGUAUUGGCGCCGCGCGUUGCGCGCACCGGAGCGAAGGAGAGCGCUGAAGAGGCACCACUUUGCUCGGGGUACUUGUGGAGAAAAUCCACGUCGUCGUGCGCGGAAAAGUGGGUUCGACGGUGGUUCGCUCUUCGUCGUGACAACUGCCUGUAUUGCUACAAGACUGACUCGGAUUCGCAACCAGUGGGAGCGGUAAUGCUCCUCAAGUACGAUGUGGAGCAGACGCCUGAAUUGAGAGUGCACAGUUUUGCGAUAAAGAAAAAGGGUGCUCCGACGCUACGACUGGCGGCCGAUACCGAAGAAGCGGCAGCUCGAUGGAUGACGGUAAUACGCGAAGCUGUCGAAAGGAACGAUCAGAUUGACACUUGGCUGGACUCUUCGCUAAGAAUGAGAGAGAUGGCUGCGUGCGCUAUUCAAAGGCCAGAUUGUUUCGGGUAUUUGAACAAACAACAGGAACACGCGCGGAAAACGUCCUCGCCCACCGGCUGGUCCAGACGAUAUUGCGUGCUGAAGGACGCCGCGCUAUAUUUCUACGAUGACGCCAAUGCCGACAAAGCGUUCGGCGUGGCGUGUCUGCACGGUUUUAGGGUACAUAGCAGCGCUCCGAGUUCAGGCGGCCGAAAGCACGCUUUUGAGUUGCAACCACCGGAUCCGACGCAGAGAAGUUAUAUCUUCGCUAGCGAAUCAGAAAUGGAUAAGAAACGGUGGUUGGCCGCCCUCGAAUAUUCGAUUGAUCGAUGGAUAAAAAUAGGUUGAUGCGAAACAAUCCGCCCUACGACGAAUCCAACGAGACGCAGUAGCGAAGAUCGUCCAAGGAAAUCCUCGUCCGUAUCCGUUUCCGGUUCCUAACACGUUGUGGAUUAUCCGCGACGAUCGCCGUUGUUACCUCGAUGAUCACCACACGCUCGUGAAUGUUUGCCAAGAUUCUCUUUCAUUUCAACAUUAUUAAAUCUCAUCGUCAUGAUCAUCAUUGUAACUGCUGAUUAACAGUGACGUUACGUUAAAUUGUUCAAAUAAACGUUAACGCUAAAACAAAAUAACUUGUGUUCCAUUUAGUGCGAUCGUCGUCAUUUGCCGUGUGUCAUCGGAAUUGUUUAUCAGCAGUAAUGCAAUUCCAUCGAAUAUCAUCGAGACCAUCG